AUGGCAGAUGAAUCGAAUGCGAAAAGUGAUGGAAACCAAUCUGAAGAUAAUAUAAUACAGUCCGAAGAGCAGGAGACGGACAUGAUGAGUAUGUUUGCUAGUGUGUGGGUCAAAGUUGAAGUGGACGGUUCUGAAGAAGAAGAACAUCUAGUAGAAAGGAGAUCGAAGAGAAGAAAGAAUCAAAAGCGCAAAGCAUCUAAAUUAUUAAACUGCGACCUAUGCGAUUAUACGACUUCGUACAAAAACUGUCUCGAGUUGCACGUAGCAGGACAUAAAACAACAAAACCGUUCUCUUGUACUGUAUGCGAUUAUACAACGAAAUACCCAACGUCUUUACAACGACAUGUGAUGAUAAAACAUCAGUCAAAAGAAACGGUGUUGACCGAAGAAGAGAAGAAUUCAAUGACGUUGUUAAAAUGUGAUAAGUGCGAAUACACGACGUAUUUCAAAUGGAAUUUGAACGCCCAUAAGAGAAAGCAUAACUUGGAAAAGCAGUUUAAAUGUCCACACUGCAAUUAUGCAACCGCAUACAGACAUAACUACUUGAAACACAGUAAAGUUCACAACGAAGGUGUUUUUUACAAAUGCGAUAAAUGCCCGUUUGUGACUAAAUUCGAAGGGCAUAUAACACGCCAUUUGGCUAAAAUACACAAUGAAGUGACAGAGAAAGCGAAUAAAUGUGAUUUUUGUGAUUUCUCUACAAUGGUUCGGUGGAGAUUGAAUAUUCAUAAGCAGAGAAGCCGUCAAGACAACCCCAUUCAGUGUGAACACUGUGACUUCCAAACAGUUUAUAUGUGUGAGAGUAAGAAACAUAAAGUGACACAUUACAAUAAAAUAUACGGAUCAGGCAUUCACAGCAGAAUUGAGAAUAUAGAGGAAAAAUCUGAUUACAUAAGCCGAGAGUGUAUUGAAAGAAAGGAGACACAGACUCAAAACCAGUACACUCUAGACCCAAAUUGCCUAGACUGGAAUAGUAUUCAAGUACUAGAAUCAGAUGACAAAGAUAAACCCUUCAUGUGCCACAUGUGCAGUUAUACAUCAAAAUUUAAAGCGGCAGUUCAAAGACACUUUCAAAGACAUCACACCGGCAGCCAAAACAGACCGUAUAAAUGCGUUAACUGCGAUUUCUCAACUAAAACAAAAGAUCAAAUCGCUCUACACAAUAAAAGAAGUCAGGCAGAUAAGGUUUUAUACUGUGGAAUAUGCAGUUUCACAACUAACUUUAAAUGCCAAUUUGUUAUGCAUCAAAAGGGCCACUAUGCAUAUAAGUGUACCGUCUGUCCAUACUCCUGUAGGCAUAAAUAUGAACUACAAAAGCAUUUUACAACCCUACAUCUCGGUAAUGGUUUAAAAUGUAGCUACUGUGAUUAUAAAGCAGCGAGAAAAGAAAGUCUUCUCUGCCAUGAGACCAUUCACACGGGGAAUAAGCCGUUCAAAUGUGUUCACUGUACUUAUAUGUCUGUCCGUAAGUCGUUGUUAGAUAAUCAUGUUAAAAGAUACCACAGCGACAUAAAGAAAGAUAUAACUAUAGUUAGUGAGGAAAAGAUUCAAUCUUUAAAAGUGCCAAUGCCAGCGUUAAUUCAAAGUUUAAAAGAGCAAUGCAGUAAAAUUCCCAUAGAU